AUGUUCGCCAGUUCCCGACGAAGCUACGCACACAUCGACGAACAAUGCUCAAUGCGAAGCUCGGUGCACUCGGAUGUGGACGCCAAGAAGCGUGGACAGGGGCUGUUUGGUCUACUCACAUCGACGCUCUCACAAUUCAAGCGCGAUGCCGAAAGCGACCGUGCUUCGAGCGCCGCCCAACGCAGAGCGCAGAUCGAAGCUCGUCUUGCCGAUAAACCCAAGCUGCCCGAACGCGCAAUGGAUGCUACCCAACAAAGACGAGCACUCGUAUGGCAAGCUAGACAACUAGCCGAACAAAUUGGCUCGGGCGAUGCACAAAGAAAAACCAUCAGAGCCAUGAAACGACGUAUGGCCAGUUUCCUCUAUACGCCGCAUCAUGCAACAUCAACAAGAGGCCACCAUAGCAGCGCACAUCCCAAUGUCGCACACAGCCACGCGUAG